AUGACCACUUCUCUCAUCCAUAUGGCCAACAACCUGGAUGCCUCAACCGAGGAAAUCUCACUCAACUACGUUCUUCUCGGACGUCCUCAUCACGAGAGAGUCCAACAUCAUCCGAGUUACAUGGAGAUGAUCAAGGGCGCCAUCAGCGCCAUCGACAACGGAAAAGGAAGCAGCAAGGCGGCGAUUCUCAAAUACAUCGCUCAGAACUAUCACGUCGGAGAGAACCUUCCGAAAGUGAACAGCCAUCUCCGCUCCGUCCUCAAGAAGGCCGUCGACUCUGGAGACAUUGAACAGGCACGCGGACAUGGUGCCACUGGCAGUUUCCGCAUGGGCAAGGAACGUGAGAAGAACAUGCAAAUUGUGGUUCCAGUCCAGACUCAACCGAUGAUGAUGCUCAAGGAAGUUCGUCAGAAGUUGGAGAACGUCGCUGUCACCAAGAAGGCUGACAAGAACCAACCAUCCACCAGCUCCGCUGUCCAGAAGAAGGGAAAACCAAUCUCUACCAUGAAAAAACGUGGAGCCAUGACCAAGAAGCGUUCCUCGAAGAACAAGAUGGCUCCAAAAGCCAGAAGCCAUGGACUCAAGAAAAAGAAGGUUCAAGCUUCAAAACCAUCUGGCUUGGUUCACAAGGCUGCAAGACCAGAGGCAGCUCCAUCGACCACCAAAAUGGAGCUCCGUACCGGAACCAGAAAGAGCUACUGUUAA